AUGCCCACGUUCUCUUCGAUGCCAAUCGCCGGAACCGGCGGCGGCACCAGCGCCGGUGUCGACACGCGCUCGUCGGAGAUCCACGUCAUGAAAGUGUCCGCCUCCCAUGUGCUUACCAUCAGCGGUUACACCCACAGCAAAAGCGCCGUUGCACCCAGCGAACACAUCGGCUCAUCCUUCACUGCCGCAGGCCACCGUUGGUUCGUCCUGUACUACCCCAGGGGCCAUGGCCAUGGCCUUGAAGACGACGCUGACUACAUCUCUCUAUUCCUAUCCUGUACUGACACGGACGUCGUCAAGGCAAGACUGUCGCUAUGUUUACUCGACAAGGACGGGAAAGUGGCCUACACGUGCAAAUGCCGGUCCUACAUUCCAAACCCUCCAAUGAGCAGCCUACAUGGUGCUUCCAGAUUCAUCACAAGGAAGGAUUUGGAGAACUCGGGUCAUGUUCUGGACGAUCGUUUCAGGAUCGGGAUCGACAUGACCGUCUUCAAGGUUGUCCGGAAGGAGCACGCCGGCGCCGCUGUCGCAAAGCUCGUCGACGUGCCACCGUCUGACAUCUCCCAGCAUCUCGGCGAUCUCCUCUCGAGCGGCGAGGGGGCAGACGUCAUGUUCGAGGUCGACGGCGAGAGCUUCGGGGCGCACCGGGCAAUCCUCGCCGCCCGGUCGCCGGUUUUCAAGGCCGAGCUGUUUAGCCCCAUGGAGGAGGGCACGGCGACCUGCGUGUGGGUGGAGGACAUGGAGCCGAGGGUGUUCAAGGCUCUGCUUCACUUCGUCUACAACGACGUGCUGCCGGAGAUUGACGAGGCGGAGGCGAUGGUGAUGGCGCAGCACCUGCUCGUCGCGGCGGAUAGGUAUUGCCUGGAGAGGAUGAAGUUGAUCUGUGAAGAGAAGCUCUGCAGCUACAUCGACACGGGCAGUGUUGGCACAAUGUUGGCGUUGGCUGACCAGCAUGGGUGUCUUGGACUUCAGAAGGCGUGCCUGAAUUUUCUCAUGUCCGGUGGCAACAUGAUGGCAGCUGUAGUGGCAGGUGGCUUGGAACGCGUGAUGAGCAACUGCCCCUCUGUGAAGGAGUUGCUCUUGAAAAGUUGCUCUCGUAGCUAG